AGUAAAAUGGACAGGGGGAAAGUGAAAGCAGUGUAGAGAUUUCCCAAAUUCUCUUUAGAGGGAAUUGGAUACCUACUUCAUUCAUUUAAGUCUGGAUUCUAAGUGCUGAAUUUCUCUAACACAAGGAGCUGUUCUCCUGCUGAUCGUGUUUGUGUGCUUUCGUCCUAGAUGCCUUAGAGCUGCGUGAGCUGCCCCAGAGGACUCAUUCCUGGUGGCCAGAAGUUGCCAAGCAACUCACAUGUGCUUAGCAAGCUCCUGCAUGGUCUCCAGCUCCCACUGACACUCCUGGGAAUCUAGUUGUCCGGCCUACCUACCUGCCAUCCUCCUUGGCAGCCCACCCGAGCCAUGGAGGCCCCGGAGGUCCCUGUGGGCUCACUGAUUGACUUCGAGACCGAACCAUCCUCCUCCUCACCCGUGGAAACAUUGCCACCAAAGCUGCAGGAUGGGGACAGCUCCCAGGGUGACGGCGGGUCAGAGAGUGAGACCACAGAGUCAGCAGACAGCGAGAACGACAUGGGCGAGUCGCCCUCCCACCCAUCCUGGGACCAGUACCGCCGCUCUUCCUCCAACGAGUCCUUCUCUUCCAACCAGAGCACGGAGUCGGCCAAGGACGAGGAGUCCCUGGAGCUCAGGGAGUUCAUGCGCAGCUAUGUGGAGAAGAUCUUCUCUGGAGGGGAGGAAUUGGACCAGGAGGAGAAAGCCAAGUUUGGGGAGUACUGUAGCAGUGAAUGUGGAAAAGGCCGGGAGUGGUUUGCUCGAUACGUGAGCGCCCAGCGCUGCAACUCCAAGUGUGUCUCAGAGCCGACCUUCUACCGCCUUGUGCAGUCUUUUGCAGUGGUCCUGUUUGAGUGUCAUCAGAUGGAUGAUUUUGGGCCUGCCAAGAACCUCAUGACCAUGUGUUUCACUUACUACCACAUUGGUAAACCACACCUGCUCCCCUCAGAGUCCAAGGAGAAGCCUGCAGGGAGCAUUGACUCCUACUUGAGGUCCGCCAACAGCUGGUUAGCAGAGAAGAAGGACAUUGCCGAGCGGCUGCUGAAGAACACGUCGGCCAAGACCGAGAACGUCAAGGGCUUCUUCGGGGGGCUGGAGACCAAGCUGAAGGGACCCCUGGUCAGGAAAAAUGAGGAGGAUGAGAGCAAGCCCAAGGACAAGCCGCAGAAGACUGUGACUGUGUGCAGCCCAGAGGAGGAGAGGAAGGGGGAGAAGAUCUACCUGUACACACACCUGAAACAGCAGCCCAUCUGGCAUACGCUGAGGUUCUGGAAUGCGGCCUUUUUCGAUGCUGUCCAUUGUGAGAGGAGAAAGCGGUCCCCCACCACCAGGGAGAAGUGGUGCCACAUGACCCAGGAGGAGCGUGAUGACAGCCUGCGGUUCAAUGAGAACAUCACCUUCGGACAGCUAGGCACGUUCACUCACAACAUGCUGGCCUUCGGGCUGAAUAAGAAGCUGUGUAACGACUUUCUGAAGAAGCAGGCUGUGAUCGGGAACCUGGACGAAGAGCAAUACAAGCUGCUGAGCGACCACAUCGAGCAGAUGGCCACUGAGUAGGCCGCGGGAGGGGGCCCAAGGCACUCCUCAGGAGGACCGGGGGUACACACCACCCUCCUGGACCAGCGACUGGCUGUCACCCUCCCCGAUGACCCUGCAUGACAUUGGCAGCACCCAGAGCCGUUCCACGCUGCCCCAGAACUAGCGGUUAGAAGACUCCGGUUGCCCGUCCUUCCCACCUUCCCUCUGCCUGUGUCUACUCCCCCAUUCACGUGCCAAAGUGUCCCUGGGAUUAUGUAGCUAAAAUGAGGUGACCAUCCAUCCUCCCAAGCGUCAGGCCUGUGGCAUGGAAAUGAAGGAAGAGGAAGGCAGCCAGGGCCAGGGUGGGCACAGGGCAGUAUCUACCCACAGCCUCCUGCAAGACAGAGAGGGUGGGCUGUGUGGGGGGUGUAGACAGGGCAGCCAUGAGCUGGCACACACCAAUGACACGGGGCGGUUAUGGGUGAUGGCCUGGGACCCUCCAUUUCAGGCUUGGAACCGAGCCGACUCCCACAGUCGGGCUCCUGCCGAGCGGCAGUGUGUGGAGGCAGGUGGAGGCCCUCUCGGUGUUGGUCCACGGCUGGUGCCGACUUUUUCCUGGCUCCUCCCUCCUUGUGACAGGAACUAGAGUCACAGGAACCUCGAGGAAGAGACAGACACCUCCUAAUUUAGGGAGGGAAGGAGGCCAGCGCGGAGGGCCUGGCCACAGCCAGUGAUGCACCCUGGAGACGUCACUAUAGUAGUCAUACCAGCACUGAGGUGUCUGCGUCACCGUCUGAACUGCUCCUGGUCGGCUGGCCACUUCCUUCUGAAGCAGAGCGCCCUGCCAUUCACUCGCUGGGAGUAGCACCAUGCUGUCUGUCCUAGGAAACAACAGCACAGGAAAGAGACGUUUCUUCAGGAGCUGCAGGAGAGCCGCCCUUUCUAAAAGCAAACGGUGCUGCCCUUUAUUCAAGAAAGACAGCAGAGUCUGUCCGCGUUACAGACAGCUGGGCGUAGGCUGCUCCUGGUGGCGGUUGUGCAAGGCCUGCUAGCGGAGUGGCUUCAGGGGUUGGGUCCUCCACCCCCGGCAGCCUUGGGGAGUCGCCCGAACCUGCUGCCGCCCAAACCCUUUUGAGGUCUUUCCUGCAGGCUCUGCAGAUACUCCUCAUCUCACAUGCAGUACCUGGGCAGCGUGGCUCUUCGCCCUGAGUUUGCACCAGGCACAGGACACCAGCCCAAGGGCGCCGAGGUCUGACCUGCAAGCGUCGGGCAUGCUCGCUCCUCCGUGUGAGCGUCUCAGCCUGGCUCCCGCUGCCUCCCGCGCAGCACUGGGGCACUGACCUUGGAUAGGCUCGCGUGGCCUCUAUCCUCCUCCCCUCCCCCCGCCUGGCCCCGGUUUCCCUACUACCUCCUCCAACUCCAAGUUACAGAAUACUGCUCUCUCCUUUUGAGCGCAGCCAUCCAGCCAGUGCUCGAAAGGGUCCCCGGUGGAAGGCCUUUCUGGAAUGUUCCAGAGAAGAGCGGGUGUUGGUUGAGCCAUUGAACGCACAUCUGGAUAAUCGUAAGAGAGGCACCAUGAAACACGGUGCAGUCUGAGUGUGGGGUAUAAAUGUCGCCAGCCAAAAGAGCUGGGUAGGGGGCAGGGCUUCAGAAACCCGGCUCAGUGUUGAUGGCUGUGUGUGCGCACGUCACAUCAGCCUCCCUGGCGAUGUCACUAAGCAUAGCACAGCUGUGUUGCUGGUUUGCUUGCCAUGUGUGGGGACACCUUGUGCAGACUGCUGUGUCCCCCACCCCAGCCCCACUGCUGGGCCCCAGGGAUGGUGCAGGUCUCUACUGAUGCUUUUCAGAAGAAUAACAUCAAAGUUUUGGGUGUGUGGGCCCCUCCUCCUCCAAUGUCUCCUUCAGGUAAUGCAACCCCCCUAAAACGUUCAGCCGUGGCCCCUGGAUGUGCUGCUGUGCUCCCUGCUCUGCCCCCUCUGUAAAAUCAGGGCCUUACCUGGUGGUCUGUCCAAGGCCCCCGCAGGGCUGUGUGAAGGCCCUCCCUUUAGCUUGCCCUUGCUGGCUUUAUUAGUCAUCUCUUAGUAGUUAGUUGAAAUCAUUAAGACUUCAAGGUGCCCAAAGACUUACCCAUGUACAUAGAAGAUGUUUGUGUAGAAGUUUUGAUUCAGCCUGAUUUCUGGAGGAAGAAGAGCAGAUUCAGAGACUUUCCAGGGUCCUGGUGGGUGAGGGCGGGAGCACACAGCCUGUGGAAGGAAAUGCAGCUUCGACUUCUUGGGCUUUUCCAAGCACUUUUACUUCUCAGAUGAUCUGGAGACUUUUUUUUUUAUCAAUAGGCCUCUUGAAAUAGCAGUUGAGGGUGGAAGCAAGGGUUGCUUUGGUUUUCCCCCUCUCCUUGUUCUCAUAGAUCCAGCUCCUCAGAGUAGAGUAAGUCUGACCCCGGAGGUGCUGCCCGCCACGCUCAGCACCACAAGGGGACGCUGGCCAAGACCAUGGGUCCACCUUGGAGUGACUCAUGACAAGGGGGAUCAGAAGCUGCUCUGCCUCCAGUUGGCAGCUGCCUCUGGCCAGUGUCACCUGAAGGAGCAUGGCAUCCUUAGGAAGCUGGCAGCUUGCCUCACUGAUAUUUCCUCUCCUCCCUGUGACAUCGUCUCUUCCCUCCUGGCCUGGCCAGAGCAGACCUGAGGGACUCUGGUGACAAGCAGACACAGGGCACACUCUCAGAGGCCCCAGCGUGAGGAGCUGUAUCACCCCAGUGCACACACAGGACGCUUUGGUCAAAGAGAGCUCUGAGCCCUUCCUUUAAACUCAGGAACCUUAGACUCGGAGCAGGAAGCUUCAGGUAAUAUCCAAGGAGAGAGGUUCCAGUCCCAGCAGGUGCAGUGUCCCAAGCCGGCAGCUUCAAAGGCCUGUUGUUAGCAGUGGCAUUCAGAUUUUCUGCUGUCUGUCCCUCAGGGCUAUAUGGAUCAUAGCGAGCCAAAAGACAAGAAAUUCUCUCAAGUAAAAAGUUGCCUGCUUAGAAAACAGGAUGAGACUGAAACAUAGCCUUGUAUAUUUUUAACCUUUUUUAUGAUUUUAGCAAUACCGGUGGCUGUGUAAGAGGGGCCGUGUUAGUGUUUAGACUGCAUCUGCUGUGUGUGUGCAUGUGUGUGUUUAACCAAAGGGAGGAGAGCCAGAUUCUGACAUUGUAAGUUAUUUGUACAGUGAGAUGGAGUAGACUAUGAGCUUCUUGUUGCCAAAAGAAAGAAAGGUGGGCCAAGGAGCUCUUAAAGUACUAAAAGGAGUAGAAACGAAGUCCUCUUCGGGAGUUCUGUGCCCAAAUGAAAACCUAGGGUGUUUGGGUUAACCCAGCACGUCCAUGUGGGUUUAGGACAGAAGCCAGGGUGAGAACCAGGGGCACUGCCCCUGGAUCCUGUUCUCACCUCUCCAUGCUCAGGGAGACCGUGGGAUUCAUUGUGGCAACAGGGCAACAGCUCGAGGCCUGCUCUUUCACGGACUACUUUAGGUGGGUUAAUUUACCACCCGGAGUCCCUGGUACUCCAGCCUCUUGGUGUGAGGAGUACAGCAUUCACUCCACAAAGGAGUUCGCCAUAGGCUUUGUCUAGCCCAGGUGUCCGUGACUGGAAGGCAGGGCCACAGGCUGCACGCCUGGCCUUCCUGGGCAUUACUGUCCCCUAACCUUUGGCUUUUUAAUUAGGGAGGAGCCAGGUAGACCCGUGGUUAGGUCAGUUUGACCUAACUUACCCAAAUUACCCCAAACUUAAGACAACUGUGCAGUAGGGGCCGAGUCCUUAGCCCAGAACUGUGGGAGCUUGGGGAGCAGGGAGAAGGCAGGAGGGCUCGAGGCCCAGCCCCAGCCUCAGGAGCGGGGUGCAGCGAGCCCCUCCCGCCACACCCAGCCUUCUGGCCUCAGGCUAGUCUUUUCCCAUCUUCCUCAACCACAGAUGAAACAGUUGCAAGGGUCAUUCUUCUCACUCCCUCCCACCCCCACCAGCCUUUGGUUCUCCUGAGCCGUUGCUCUUACAACUCAGCCACCUCACCCUGCUUUCCUGGAAAUCAGUUAUUCCUUUUUAUGACUCUCAGGGAUGAGUUUUGCUUGGAAAACUUUCACAGUGAAGGGAAGCUGCAUGGCUGGAAAAACCUCUAAUUGACUAGUGUGCAGUUUUCAGACCCGAGGCAGGACCAGGGCUCGCUCAGGCCACCCAGGCCGUAUGUCCCAGCACAUCCAUGUUCCCUUGUGGUCGGGAGUAGGAGCUCGCUGGUUCUCCAGAUAACAGAUGGACAAGUCAUUUCCAGAUUGUGCACACCCAGUGCAUAUAGUCAACGCUAAGACCACGGCAGGCUCUCGAGGGGCUUCACUCUGGGCCUGGGUCUCCCUCGUUGUUUCUGGGCCGGGGCAGCCUGUACUCCUCAGGAGGGAUGGGAGGAGCACCCUGGGGGCCAGCUUGCUUUGUUCCCUGGGUAACCAGGUAUCUACCUGUGUCCCCAAGUCGGCCAGCUGGUGAGUGGAACCCCAGGAUUCAAGUGGGGCAGGGCUCCCGGUGACCGGUUCUUGGUUACUAUGGGAAACUCGUCAUUUUCAGGAGAGAGCCAGGAGGGUCUGGGAUUUCCAUUCUUUCCAUCACACACACACACACCACACCACCCCCACCACCCCCUCCUCUCUCUCAGGACAUCUGCCCUGGGUGAGAACCAGAUCCUGGCUGAACCUGCAGACAAGGCCAAGUAAGACCAGAGUCCCCAUCACCUGGAACUGCUCUGAGCUGCACCUGACUGGGGUUUGCACUUUAGGAAGAGGACUCCUGCUGGUGAAUCCCUUGUGCUUGUGGGUUGGUCCUAGAACCGGGGCUGUGCCUGUUCUCUCCUAGACCCUGGGCCACAUGCUCGUGAAAAGAGAAAGGGGCUGUGCACAGCAGGCCCUGUCCACACCAAGGCUCUGACACGAGUGGGGUCCUGAUCUCUUUCCUGUGCUGGAGACAGCGAGGCUUAGGCUCCCCUGCCCAUGAGUUCACAAGCAAGCCUGAGGCUGUCCUUGCUCACGGACACCUUGAGAAAGACAAGCUAAACAUUUCAACACUAGAAAAUGCCAGAAAUUCAAACAACAGACAUAGAUCCCCUUAGAACAUGUAAAUGUGUUAGAACCUGGUCCAUCUGCUGCCUUUGUUACAUGCUGUGGCUUCUACCGGGGCUCCGGGCGAUGGUUUAUAUGCCUGCAUUCUCUGUUUUCUCUCACCCAGCUUGUCUCAGACCUAAACGUGCCAUGUGGACACCGCCUUUAAUAGCCCAAAGGCAGAGUUCACGGCGCGGGUCUUUUACGUGUUACAGUUGUACAGUUUUGUGUAUAGAUGCUCUGCAAACUACAUUUUAAGAUUGGGAGGGUUUUAAGGUUGAGGAUCUAAGAACAGCGCUAAAAUCAAGCCCUGUGUCUUGAAAGAAUGUCCAUGUAUCACACCUCAGAUUGUCAGAAGGUGGAAACUGAAAUAAAUUAUCUUUGAAGAAAAAA